GACGCUGUUUGCCACGUCCAGGUCGGCAAAAAGACUUCCUGGUGCGGGGAGGAUCAGACUGACGGGCCUGGCCGUGACACCAUUAUUGCGGGAUCAAGAACACAGCUGUGCCAACAGUCAAACGUGGGCGCCACCAUGAACGGGCAGCUGGACCUCAGCGGGAAGCUGAUUAUCAAAGCCCAGCUGGGCGACGACAUCCGCCGCAUCCCCAUCCACAAUGAGGACAUCACUUACGACGAGCUGCUGCUCAUGAUGCAGCGUGUCUUCCGCGGCAAGCUGCAGAGCUCCGAUGAGGUCACCAUCAAGUACAAGGACGAAGACGAUGACCUCAUCACCAUUUUUGACAGCUCUGACCUCUCCUUCGCCAUCCAGUGUAGCAGAAUACUGAAGCUUACACUGUUCGUGAAUGGUCAGCCAAGGCCAUUGGAGUCCAGCCAGGUGAAGUACCUGAGGCGAGAGCUCAUUGAACUGAGAAAUAAAGUCAACAGUCUGCUGGACAGCCUGGAGCCGCCUGUGGAACCUGGCUUCGCCGCCAGUGAGCCGGACAAUGACGCGGUGGAUGGCCGCGACGGGAAGGCCGUGGCUCCAGACUCCACAGCGAAGCAGCCCGUCCCAGUCAGCGCCGCCAGCAUGUCGGCCUUCGACCCCCUGAAGAACCAGGACGAGGUCAGCAAGAACGUCAUCUCCGCCUUUGGGCUCACCGAGGACCAGGUCUCAGGCCCCCCCAGCGGGCCCGUGGAGGAGCGUUCGGGCACGCCUGACAGCAUCGCCUCGUCCUCCUCAGCUGCCCAGCAGGCCGGUGUGGCCCCCCAGCCCCAGGCCCCCUAUGCAGGGGCCCAGCAGCAGCCUCCAGCAGCCAUGGAUGGUCAGGUGUACCAGCAGUACCAGGCCCCAGGUGGAUACCCCCCCCAGCAGCCAGCAGCACCCCCACAGCCACAGUAUGCCAUGCAGUACCCAGCUGGCUACACCCCCCAGCCAGGGGCCCCUCAGCCCGGAGCCCCCCAGCAGCAGCAGUUCCAAAACUACAAUGCCCCCACAUCCCAGGCAGCGGCCCCUGCAGCAGGAUUUGCCGGGCAGCAGCAGCCCCCUCCCCAGGGAGCGCAGCAGUACCCCCCAGGAGCCUUCCCCCCUCAAAACUACACCUCCCAGGCCUCUCAGCCUGCUAAUUACAACAUACCCCCCACCUCCCAGCCUGGCCCUGCCUACCAGCCCCGCCCAGGCUACACCCCACCCCCGGGAAGCACGGUGACCCCACCCCCAGGCGCCGCUAACCCAUAUGCCCGCAACCGCCCUCCCUACGGCCAGGGUUACACCCAGCCAGGCCCAGGGUACCGGUAAGAGGGUGCCAUGGAUGCACUGAGAGUGGCCCAGCUCUUUUCUAGAACUUGGAAAACGGGCGGCACGCGUCCGGUGACCCAGAUCAGUUAAAACUUUCUCCAUCCCAAAUCCAAAAAAAUAAAUAAACCAACACAACCGUUAGUGUCAAUCUGUCAAAAAAAAAAAUCAAACCUUCUGUGUCUUACCUUCAACAUUAAGCAGUAUGUACACAGAAGGGCGGGCAGGUAGGGCAAAGUAUGAAAUGGUGGCUAUGUUUUGUUUCAGUUUAUCACUUUUCACCAUAUUAGUAAUAAAUGUAUGUGAAAUAAAAUCAGCAUCCUUUGUUUUGUUGUUUUUUUGUUUUGUUU